GUGGUAGUCGUCGCUGUGAUCCAUGGAGCUGCGCAGCUGCACCCAGGUGGCGCUGCCAGCAGAUGUCGUCUCCGGGCUGGGCGCCCAGGUGGCGCUGACAGCAGGCGUUGCCUCUGAGCUAGUCACCCAGGUGGCGCUGACAGCAGGCGUUGCCUCUGAGCUAGUCACCCAGGUGGCGCUGACAGCAGGCGUUGCUUCCAGACUUGACACCCAGGUGGCGCUGGGAGACAAUUCUGAUAAUGGACUUGACACCCAGGUGGCGCUGGGAGACAAUUCCGAUGUUGGACUUGACACCCAGGUGGCGCUGGGAGACAAUGCGGGUACUGGAGUAAAUGUCCAGGUGGCGCCGGGAGACAGUGGCGGCGUAGGGCUAGACUCCGACACGGAGAGCCUGACUGCAAUCUUGAAAUCGCACCGGAGACAACAGAUUAACACAGACUGUCGCAAUUUUCCACUUGCGAUGCAAUGCAAAUUGCAGCGACAAACAUGCUGCAACAUUGGCAAACACUAG